AGCGGUUUUAGUUGUGGCCUGAGGCUGCUGCCGUCGACGUGGCACCUCGACACGAAAUGCACACGUUUCCCUUGUGAAGAAAUCCCUCCAACCAAACAACCCCGAAAUCGUUGCUGUGAUUGUUAACUGUGUUACCACUAUGCGGGCAAAAUGGAUGACAGGAAGAAGUUCGAGCUCGAUACCGAAGAAACGACCUCCCUCGAAUACGAAGACGAUUUCGCUCUCGUACCGCCUUCGGAAACUCCGAGCUUCGACGUCGAGGACGGUGUAGGUGACAUCGUCGAUAUAGUCGACGAGUUGAGCCUUGAUGAUUUUUCCGAGCCGUCCUCGUUCACAGACCUUCCAGAAACUGUCACCGUCGAGACGGAAUUCUACGACGAGAAAAAGGGCAACACAAAAUCAAAACAAGUCCGAGUGAAGUUUCAAGACGUUUCCAAACCCUAUGUUCCUAAAGUAACGAGUCUUAAAAACUACACCAACUUCUUGCAUCUCGUCAAUGAAGGCGAUAAAACUCUCACAGACACUUCUCCAGAUUCUGGUAUUAAUGAAUUGUCUGGAUUAACUCUCGAAGAACAGGAAAAACAGAGGCAAGAAUGGGCUGCAGAACUCGAACAACUUGAAGAUCAGAUCAGUACGCUGAGAACUGUUCUCGCUGCUAAAUUGGAAGACGCUCAGAAACUGAAGCAAAAGCUCGGUAUUUCUGUGUGGAAAGGGAUUCAAGAUGAUAUGAACCAAGGAUUGCGGAAUGUCAAAAACUCAAAUGUUUAUCAUCGGUUAGAAGAGAGUGUGGAACAAUUUUGUAAAGCUGUGGUUGAUGCACCGCUUUAUCAGAAAACUGAAUCUGUAAUAAAGGCGACAACUGAGAAGACGUCUUCUAUACUUGGUGGGCUUGGUUCUGGAAUUUCGUACAAACUCGGCCAGUUGAAAAACUCAGAAUCGUUUAGAUCAUUGGAAGAAAAAGUCGGAUCGGCUUAUGAAAAUGUCAAGACAAAGGUGGCAAUUUCACCACGUUCCACAUCAUUGCACGGUCUUGACGAAGCAUACAGAAACUCUGAAAAAGUUACUUCACCUGUUUCAACUCCCACAAUUGCAGAAGAGCACACAACUUAAGUCACUCUUUGCAAGAAAACGGUUAAGUAUUAAUAACAAUAAUUGGUGACUGGCCUUUAAGGGUAUAAUAUGAAAACUUGUCCAAUUAUAAAUUUGCCAUUCUCUUAAAUAUGUAAAUAUUCUUUCAAAGAUUUUGCUUUGCUUUUUUUUGUCUUUUUAUUUGUAUGGUCUUCAACUGAUAAAUUAAUCCAUUUGACUGUUGGCCAUGUGCUAGUAACAUUAUCCAGUCCAUUUACCUAUUUGCUUCACUAUUUCUAAGUGUCAUUAUUCAGGUAGCAUAUUUACGAAAACCCCUUUAUUAAGUUUUUUUGAUUUGUUGGUUAAUAUUUCUGAGAAUUGCUUGUUUUGCCCUUAGUAUUUAUUGGUUGUUAAGUCCACAAUAAACUUAUUAUAAUACUAUAAUGUUCUAUUUUGAUGUAUAAGUGUAUUUUAUCUACUGCAAUACAUAAUAUAUGACU